UAUGAGAAGGUUGUCUUAACACAGCAUUGGCGCGUCUGUAUCAUGCAGAACCACAGCAGUUCCAGUUUAAACUCCACCAGCUGGACGACCGUUGACCUGGUCAGCAGUGGUCUGAUGAGUCUCUGCUUCAUGAUUGGAGUUCCUGGUAAUAUUGCAGUAAUUCUUUUCAUAGUUAAACAUUUCAAAAAGGAAAAUUUCACCGUUCAACUGAUGCUGAAUCUGGCAGCUGCAGACAUCUUGUGUUUGAUAACCCUGCCUGUGUGGAUCUACGAGGUCCUAAACAGCAUUGACCAAUCAACCUGCAAGCUUUUCACAGCACUCGUCUACUGCAGUAUGUACUCAAGUGUGAUUACAGUAACUAUGCUGAGUGUUUAUCGUUGUUUACGGGUUCGGCAUCUUCAGCUGUGGUCCAGAAUGAGCAGAAGAAGAGAGAGAGUGCUGCUGUUCUGUGGCUGGGCUCUGUCACUGCUUUUCUCUUGUCCUGGUGUACUUACACAAGAGAUCAUUAAAAGUGAAUCCAAAAUGGAGUGUGAAAGAAAACUGGAUUCAGUUGCCAAGCUCAUUGUUGCUGUAAUGGAGUCGCUGUUUGGAUUUCUUCUUCCGUUCAUAAUCAUGUUGACUUCAUAUUAUUACUUACAUAAAAUGGCCACACAGGGAGCGUUCAGACAGAGCUACAGACCAACCAAACUGGUGACCCGGAUUGUCAUCAUUUUCUUCAUUUUUUGGGCUCCGCACCAAAUAAUAAAAUUAGAAGAAAUUUGUGCAUUUUUUUUAAAAUCACAGCCAGUUCUAUCUCCUGCCAGUGACAUUGCUGGAAGUCUUACGUUCAUCAACAGUUGUGUGAAUCCAUUCCUCUAUGCUUUUUCCUCAAAGAGUUUAGAUCAACACAAAACGCAAGUGGAGUCCAGAAGAACUAAAGGCUCACAACACUCCCAGAGCGAUCAUUCAAGAGCUGUGAAGAGCUCACUGAACCCUAGUAAAACCUGACACCUGAAUAUGGACUAAAGAAUCAUAUUGUAUCAACAUGUUGCAUUUUAAAUUUAAGUACAAGUUGGACCAUGAUAUAAGCACCUUUCAAUUUAUUAAUAAGCACAAUAAUAAGCAUUACUUUUUAAUGUUCAUGAUGAGUUCAAUACUUUAGGCCAUUGUAAUGCAAGAACUAUUUUGCAUAAAUGAAAGCAUUGUCUAAACAACAGUCAUAUUAGUUAAAAGUGAUAUUGUUCAGAUGCAUUAAACAUGCUUUUUUUUGUUAUUCAUCAAUCAUUAUUUUACAUUUAAAAGUAUUAUACAUUUGAGAUGCUGCUUUAACAAAUGUAAAAUGUAAAAUGCAUAUUGUUUUGUGACCUGAUGUAUCUGACAUGAUGCUCUAUUAUUAUUAAGCCCUUGUUGUGUGAACUGUGUGUUUGAGGAAUGGUGAAGCUAUAUUGGCUUUUACAGUGAAGUCACAGUUGAAGCCUAUCUACAGUACAAUCAAAUGAUAGUAACUUACUCAUCUGUGAGCCACUUGUGCAAUAAUGUUUGAAAAAGUACCUAGAAAAAAAAAAAACACUAUUUCAAAGGCAGCUGAGCUACUGUCACAAGUUUGGAAAUAUCAGCUGAGCACUGAGUUGUAGUUUCUGUAUUAGUUUGAAUCUGUUCCUAUUUCCAUUCUGCUCACAUUAUUUAUUUCUCACAAGACAGUGAUUAAGACUGAUAUGGUUUGCGAUUAAUAGAAGAAGUCAGGUUCUUUUGGAAUAGUUUUGUUAACUUGCAUUUAUCAGCACAAAAUGUUGCAAUAUCCCACUGAAAUGUAGUAAAUAUUUUCAAUUUAUAGCAGUAUUACUUUAAAUUAUACCUUGUUUUGGAUUAGUUUAUUUGGAUUAGUAACUAUACCAUAGAUGACCUUUGUAUUUUGAUUGAUUAAGAAUAAAUCAUGGUUGUUUUGCGUCCUUUUCAAUGUAACAUCUGAUACUGAUCUUAUGAGGAAGGCAGCAGUAGCAGCUCUCUGUUGCUAUAGCAACCAUCUCAGGUGAACACAACCUAUUCGAAAUAAUCUGUUUGGUCCCGAUAAUCACAAUAAAUAUAGCAUUAUAAAAAAUAUAUAUCUCCGUAAUAUAAAAGAAUAACAAUAAAUGUAUAUUUUCUACUGCUGCUAAUUCUGACUUCGCUGCACCAAGUCAUUUUUAAUGGCUGAUGCAGCAAUUUAUAUUUGACACCUACAGAUGUGGAUGUGACAUCAGGAAAAAUUAAAUGUUUGUUGUUGCUAAUAUCAUUGUAAAAAUACUCUGUUUGUAAUCAGGUGUCUGAUUAUAGGAUGGUUUCCACCAGGAUAAAUUGAGGUGAUUUGCCCAUAUGAUCUCAAUAUGGUUUUCUGUCUAUAUCGAUUAAAACAGAUUUUACUAAA